AAAGAGCGCAACUCCAUGGGUGUAGGAAACACUAUUGGUUUGUGGUGUUCUCAUGAUCUGACGCGAACGAGAUUCUCAGAGGUAGUGUCUCGGUUCUGAGGCAGCACGUUUCUAACUGAGCUAUUGCCAUUACCAUUUUGUGCGAGAGGUGCUGCAUUUCGAAACAGGAAGGAAUUUCUUUCGGUUUUGGUGGUAUCAUCGAGUGACGUAAUUUGAGGAGCUCAUCGCACAUUGUUUUAAUAUCAAAUAUCACCGUGCAUGGUACUUAUUUCGAUUUCCACAAUUAAAAUCGCAGUGCUUAUCCCAGAUUUAAUCUUUUUUUUAUAUCGUUUGUGAUUUCAAACAUCAUUGUUUAGCCCUGUCCUGACCUCAAUCGGGAAUUGUGUUUGCUGCACCUGAAGUUUUAAUUUGGAAGAAUUCAUGUUCUUUUUCGAACGAAAGUGAAGCGUGGUAAUUUUUCACGAAAGUGCAUAGAGUAAAACUCCAUUAUGUCGUUGUAUCGCCCGCCCAUUGCCCAUGCAACGGGUGAGUUGUGGGUUUCCGAGCCUGGCAUGGUGGACCUGGAUUACGAUUUGGCAGAGACCUACGCGGACUUUUGCAACCGCUACCAGUGGCGUUUUCCGUUCUUGGACGCGAUGGAACGGAAACGAAUCCUCGCCGCGAUCCAGGAGCGACCCUAUUAUCCUGCGUUGGAGCUGCAGUCGGAGGUUGACGUUGGUUCCGAGCAGGAAACUUCCUCCGCAAUCGCGCCAGUACUAGAGCCCGGCCACCCUGUCCGCACGCAGUGGACGAUGACUGAGGGCAUGAUGCUGAAGCUCACCCACUGGCUGCUGAAGCGCAUGCACCCGCGCUACCUGCCAAAAAUCCUGAACCGGCUCCAAAAGUCCGCAUGGCCGCCGCACCUACUGUCCGGGGAGGGGCUCGCGGCCUGCAUCAGCUUCUUCGGCGGCUACGAAAGUUGCGCGUGGCGCUUUCUGCAGCAGAGCAAUUUCACAUAUGACACGGCGGAAAAGAGCAUCGUCCACGCCUUCCGCUUCCGCUUGGAGAAGUUGCCCGACAUCGUGCGCAACCAGCAGCUCGCCGACCGGAAGGGGAGCCGGGUCCUGGAGGUGCACGAGAAGGGGCUGCUGCCCAUGCUAGGGAUAACCUUCCACCAGUACCACUCGGCCGAGGACUUCUACGAGUACAUCGCGGAAGCGAGAAACGGUUGCCUAAAAGACGGGGACACGACCUCCAAACGCUUCGGGACCGACUUCGUCCUCCCGCAAUCUCCCUUCGGCGGAGAGGCGCAUCAGUUUCUGCGCGACAGCGCGCGAGAAUUGGACCAGUCGGAAGUACCGGAUUUAGAUCUCUACCUGGCAGCCGGCGAGUUGGCGAACGGCGAAGCGAUACUCGAUAGAAAAGAGGGCGUCAGCUCGGCGACGGAAUCCUCGUCCUCGGUUCAAUCUACGGCGGAAAAUAGUACCAAAAAAACAGAUGAUACUACUAGCAACAGCGCCGGUUCGUGGUUCCGGUCCAUGUUCGGAGUAGUCGGUACUGGCGGAAGCAAGAACACCAACUCAGCACCGGAAGAAAGCGACGAGUUUCAAGAACCGGAAACGAUAGGGGAAAACGCGGAUCUGACACAGUACGAUGAAGAACUGCUGCGAGAAGCGGCUGCCGAAGAGGAACUUCGAGAAAAACAAGAAGCAGCUUCGCUUCUUGAUGAAGGCAAUCUAGAAGAUCACAACUCGUGGGUGAACGAUGCGGAGUCCGCCGCCUCGUCCGCUACUACCAGUGCAGCCGAUCUUGUGUCCACGACUGCCGACGGGGAGAGUGUCAGCACGUCGCCGCCGACGCACUUCCCCUGCAAGCACUGCGUGCUGAACUGCUACGGACAGCCGGUGGAAUACUGGCCGCUGGGGAAAUUCGACUUCCGUGCGUUGUACAAAAGCUUCAAGUCCGCGGAGGUCGACAACGCCUGGCUUCUUUCGCUGGAAGCAAAGGACCGGCUGUGUCGGGCGGCGGGGAAGUCGGGACUCAUCCUGAUUCUGGACUGCAGCGGCGUGAAGACGUGGAAAACGGUGACGGACAUGUACUACAUCCGCCAGUUCGUCAGUCUGGUGUCCCGUGUGGGCGAGGCCGUGUACGCCGGGCAGGUGGUUCAAACCUACAUCAUCAACGUCCCGGAGGCACUGUACAAGGGCCCGGGAAAAAUGGCGAUGGCGCUGCUGUCGCAGCACACCAACGACAAAGCAAAAAUCUUCUACCCCGGGGACCCGAAACUACCCACCGAGGUAUUGGACGUGCUGCCUUCGUUCAUCGGGCCGCAGGGAAACACAAAGGCAAGCAGUGGGAAGAAAUAGUGAAGAGAUCUUCUUCUUCUUCGGGGAGGUGUCGGAGACAGAUCAGAAAUUUUGGAAAAGAACAGAUGAAUAAUUUUUCAAGCACUUCCUCCUGUGACAGAAACCAUGCUGUACCGAUGAAAUCAUAUGUUUGUAGUUCUGAGUACUUACUUUCUUACACUAGCACUUUUUGAAUAUGAGAAUCAGAUAUUUUUGUCGUAUAGCAUGCUCUGAGUGUAUUUCCUCCCACACAAAGUCAACGAAUGUACAAAAUCAAGCGUGGCCCCUGCCGCUGAAGAAAUCUGUUGGUGCUGACAGUUACCCGCUUGCCUGUGCCUCUUCGUGCACAUCGCUUGUCUACGUGUCCGUACCAUGAAACUGCCGAGUACUUAACCUUAUCAAAUACAGUUGUUUCCCACACAAGCAGUACUACAUUACUCCUCACUCUAACUUACUAUGUGGACCGACGUUGUGCGUGAAUCGUAGUCGGAGAGAAAGGACGUUGCUGAGUUGCAAGACAAGAAGGGACGACACCUCCUGACACUACCUCACGCGUCUGAAGCGUGAUUUCGUUUCCGGUUCUAAAGGAUUGAAUUAUAUUGUGUUUGCGUAACAAACAUGUAUGGCCAUGCCGCCUACUGCACCGUGGCAACACGGGGCGAUACUGCUUCGGUGUCAAGUGUUC